AUGGUGUCGAGGAACCCGAAGUACUUGUUGAUGACCUAUGCAAGUGUCCAGCUAACUUUGUCCGACACGCGUGGGAUGCAUGGGGUUUUCAAAAGCACCAAGAGGGGCACGCUGUAUGCCACGGCAAAUAGGACUAAUGAAGACCGUAAGCACUUGGCCAUGAUGGAGAGGAUCCUAGGACCAGUGCCUGAUUUGAUGGUUGCUAACACGAGGAAGAAGUAUUUCCUCAAUGGUCACCUCAAGUGGGACAAAGGGUCGUUAGCUGGGAAGGCCCUCAGUCAGAAGUUCAAACCUCUUGAGUGGUAUAUGAAGUCGCAGGCAAGGAUGGUGCGUCAGUUGUUUGACGUCAUCAAGAAAAUGUUGCGGUACGACCCGGCAAAGAGGCUGACGCUGGCCGACGCCCUGGAGGACCCCUUCUUCAAAGAAGAGUGGCAGAAGGCAGCGAAAACUCCAUCAGUCAGAUCCAACACAUGGGCUACCAGAUCUGUGUCGCUGUCAAGUGAGGAGCGGUACCUGUUGGAGAGCCAGCCCGUUGGCCUCUGUGUCAUCAUAAACAAUGAGCACUUCAUGGAUGGCACAAUGAGAAGAGGAACCGAUAAAGAUGCUGAAUGUUUGGCAGAGGUGUUCACUUGGCUACGCUUCAGAGUGCUGAUGUGCAAAGACCAAACCAAGGACCAGAUGGAGCGAGCACUGAGGCACUUUGCCUCUCUGAGCGACCCCUCCAGGCUGCAGGACUUCAACGUCAAGGAGUGGAUCUGCAGCGGGUUUACUGAACUGAAGACUCCUCUGAAGCAUGGAGAUGCCUUCAUCUGCUGCAUUUUGAGCCACGGCUUAAAGGGCGAAGUCUUCGAGACGGAUUGGAAGUCCCUCACCAUUAAACAAAUAACUAAAACUUUCAAGUCGAGCGACCAGUCGGCCCUCACAGGCAAACCCAAAGUGUUCCUGAUCCAGGCCUGCCAGGGACCGCACAGACACCGUGGAGUGUUGCUUGCAGACCUGGAGGCUGAUGAUUCAUCCCUACAAUGCAUUCCUGAAGAGGCCGAUGUUCUGGUUGCUUUCGCUACUGUUGAGGACCAUGUAUCAUAUAGAUCAACAACCGAAGGGAGCUGGUUCAUCCAAGGAGUGUGUCAGAAGCUAAAGGAGGGUUGUUGCAGGAAUGAUGAUUUCAUCACCAUCCUCAAACGUGUGAAUAAGGACGUAAGCCAGAAAGAAGGCACUGGACAAUGUGGAGCAGCAAAGCAGAUGCCUGAAGUCAGGUUCACCCUGAGGAAAUCACUUCUGUUGUCACCGCUUGGAGCUUCAUCUCUGUUGUCUUAAAUGUGCUCAAUAAUGUGUAUCUUUCUGAAUUAUCUCU